AUGGUUAUGACCAACCUCGCAUGGGGUCGAGGAUGGCAGUUCUUCAGGUAUAAUUGUCGUACAGGAAUUAGCUAUCAUAGAGAUAGAGGUAAAGGAAGGCAAGUGAUUUGGGGUAAACUUGGAGCUGUACGAAGGAGGCAGUCAUCUUCUUCCGCCAGAUCAAAUCCAGGGUUUGUUUAUAUUCAGCCCAUUCCUAUUGCGAAGUUUUGUAGAGGAUUACUUCAAAUCUGGAGGGAUCUCGGGAUGAUGAGGAGCGAUAUUGAUAAGAAGAAAUUUGAUCAAGGCCAAGAGCAAGAACAAGAACAAGUCAGAGGGGAUGAUCCAAGAGAUGAUUAUGGUAUUGACGUUGCGAAUGAUACUCGUGAUAUCAGGUAUGGGUGCGCAUUAGCUUAUACUGUAACCAUGACGGCACCACUCCACUACUACCUGGUUGACUUCGAUACCACUUGUAUACGGAAUUAUCUCCCAUGA